AUGUCAGACAUCUCGGACUAUGAGCUCGAGCGAGAAGCGAACAUUGCGAGAAACCGUGAACUCCUCGCAAAACUCGACUUCUCCGUGGAUCUGCCAUCCAAUCCUGGAAAAAGAAAGGCGCAAGAAAAGUCGAGCGCCAAACCCGUACAGCCUAACAAGAGGACAAAGCGAGAAAAGGAGCCUGUUAUUCCAGUUCGCCAGUCCGCGCGCCUGAGGAGAACUACUGUUAUUCUAGAUGAAAGCCCGGGUCAAAGAAAGCGAAGAGAGAAAGAGGAAGAAGAACUACGCAAGAAAGAGGAGGAAGAACGUUUAGAAGCAGAGGAACACGCAAGAGAGGCUAAGAGACCAAGACAUCAUGACCUGGACUUAUCAGUUGUAGCCGACGAUCUUUUACCGGAAGAUCUAUCUGCGCUCCGAACAACCCUGCAAACACUCACUCAAACCGCACAUCCACGGCGAACAGCGAGCCACGACGCAUUUGUCUUCGACACUGAUAAGAAAGAAGCGGAAGCUCUUACGGAUUUGCGAGAGAAGUUGGGGCGCUUGAAAGUUGUGGCUAGAGCGAAGGUGACCCAGGAUAGAGUAUAUAGUGCAGCUUAUCAUCCAGAUCCGACCAAGGAUCUCAUCUUUUUCGGGGAUAAACACGGCCAGCUGGGUAUCUGGGAUGCUCGCGCGCCACCUGACGAAGCGGCUGACGAAGAUGGCGAAACUAGCGCUGCUUCGGAUGGGGAGAAUGGAAGACAUUGGGCGAUGCAAAUUCACUGGCCCGCCUCUUCAAGGUCAUCCAUUUCUUCGAUCAAGUUUGACCCGGUUAAUUCACAUAAUGUCUUCACGAGCUCGUAUGACUGCACUAUACGCAGCCUCUCUUUCACCUCGGAAAUCUCUAGAGAGAUCUUCUCUACUGAUGACGUUCUUAUAUCAUGCAUCGAUUUGCUCCCCACGGGUCAAGAAAUGUGGAUUUCGGAUGCCGUUGGCGGUCUUACGCAUCUGGAUCUCCGCGAAGACAGGUCUCGGGCUAGAUGGUAUCAGGUGUCCGAACAAAAAAUUGGAAGCGUUAGCAUCAAUCCUCGGAAUCCGCACUUUCUUGUGACUGCAUCAAAUAAUCGUGCAAUGAAAGUAUGGGACACACGCAGACUGGAAAAUAUCCCAGUGCAGACUUUAGAUGAUGAUUUAGUAGAAAUGAAAGAUUUCAAUCAGGAAAUCGUCGAGGAGCACCUUUCCUCUGCCGCAGGAAAUAACUGUUUGCGUGCCGACUGGAGGCACAACAAGUCGGUGAGUUCGGCAUACUGGGAUCCUCGCGGGCGAUCCAUUUUGAGUACUAGCUAUGACGAUACUCUGAGACUAUGGGACAUCGACAGCUCUCUCAUGGCGCGGGAUACCCCAUUUCCGUCAUCUAGGCCGUUCAGUCACGUCCAGCACAACUGUCAAACAGGUCGGUGGUUGACUGUUUUCAAGGCGCAAUGGUCGCCCAAUCCAGACUGUUAUCCUCAUUUCACCGUGGGUAAUAUGGAGCAUUCACUCGAUAUCUUCUCGUGCAAGGGUGAUCUUGUCACUAGGCUUGCUGAUCGUAAAAAGAUCACUGCAGUACAAGCCGUAACUUGUUCACAUCCUAGCAUUCUCGAGCGCGCUGCUAGUGGCAAUGCUAGCGGUAGAUGCGUCCUUUGGGCGCCCCUGGACCUGUAG